UCGAUGUCUCUCCACCUCUACUUCACGCAGUAAACAGAGAUUUUAUCGAGUAGUGUAGAGGAAAAGUACUGAGUUAAUGGUAAAAAGCGCAUAAAAACAGGCGAUCAAAAGUGUCUGGAUAAGGCGAGUACCCGCACGGCCCCCAAAACGCGACCCAAAUUACGACGAUCGUUUUCUAAUUACGCAUUCCGAGCAUGGACGAGGCGAACAUACAGGACAAGGAGCGGUUCGCCAGCCGCGAGAACCACUGCGAGAUCGAGCGACGGCGGCGCAACAAGAUGACGGCCUACAUCACGGAGCUCUCGGACAUGGUGCCCACCUGCAGUGCUCUGGCCCGCAAACCGGACAAGCUGACCAUCCUCCGCAUGGCGGUGGCCCACAUGAAGGCCCUGCGCGGCACCGGGAACACCAGCAGCGACGGCACCUACAAGCCCUCCUUCCUCACCGACCAGGAGCUCAAGCAUCUCAUCCUGGAGGCCGCCGACGGCUUCCUCUUCGUCGUUUCCUGCGAUUCCGGCCGCGUGAUCUACGUCUCCGACUCGGUGACUCCUGUGUUGAACUACACGCAGAGCGAUUGGUACGGCACCAGUCUUUACGAGCACAUCCACCCCGACGAUCGCGAGAAGAUCCGCGAGCAGCUGUCCACGCAGGAGUCGCAGAAUGCGGGCCGCAUCCUGGACCUCAAGUCGGGCACGGUGAAAAAGGAGGGCCACCAGUCCAGCAUGCGCCUGAGCAUGGGCGCCCGUCGCGGCUUCAUCUGCCGCAUGCGGGUGGGCAACGUUAAUCCGGAGUCCAUGGUCUCGGGGCAUCUGAAUCGCCUGAAGCAGCGCAACUCACUGGGACCCUCGCGGGAUGGCACCAACUACGCGGUGGUCCACUGCACGGGCUACAUCAAGAACUGGCCGCCCACCGACAUGUUCCCCAACAUGCACAUGGAGCGCGACGUGGACGACAUGAGCUCGCACUGCUGCCUGGUUGCCAUCGGCCGGCUGCAGGUCACCUCCACGGCGGCCAACGAUAUGAGCGGCUCGAACAACCAGAGCGAGUUCAUCACACGCCACGCCAUGGACGGCAAGUUCACGUUUGUGGACCAGCGGGUCUUGAACAUAUUGGGCUAUACGCCUACUGAGCUGCUUGGGAAGAUCUGCUACGACUUCUUCCAUCCCGAGGACCAGAGCCACAUGAAGGAGAGCUUCGACCAGGUGCUCAAGCAGAAGGGACAGAUGUUCUCGCUGCUCUACAGAGCCAGGGCCAAGAAUUCCGAGUACGUGUGGCUGCGCACGCAGGCGUAUGCCUUCCUGAAUCCCUACACCGACGAGGUGGAGUACAUUGUGUGCACGAAUAGUUCGGGAAAGACCAUGCAUGGUGCUCCCUUGGAUGCGGCGGCUGCUGCUCACACACCCGAGCAGGUGCAACAGCAGCAGCAGCAGGAGCAGCAUGUCUACGUGCAGGCCGCCCCGGGAGUGGACUACGCUCGCCGGGAGCUGACUCCCACCAACGACGGGAUGUACCAGACGCACAUGCUGGCCAUGCAGGCUCCGACGCCCCAACAGCAGCAGCAGCAGCAACAGCGCCCGGGGUCGGCGCAAACCACGCCAGUGGGCUACACCUAUGACACCACACAUUCGCCGUACAGCGCCGGGGGACCCUCGCCCCUGGCCAAGAUACCCAAAUCGGGCACCUCGCCCACUCCGGUGGCGCCCAACUCCUGGGCUGCCCUGCGUCCGCAGCAGCAACAGCAGCAGCAGCCGGUGACCGAGGGCUAUCAGUACCAGCAGACGAGUCCGGCCAGGUCGCCAAGUGGUCCCACGUACACCCAGCUGAGUGCCGGAAAUGGGAAUCGCCAGCAGGCGCAGCCAGGAGCCUAUCAGGCGGGUCCACCACCACCGCCGCCCAAUGCACCGGGCAUGUGGGAUUGGCAGCAGGCCGGCGGACACCCGCAUCCGGCUCAUCCGGCGGCGCAGCAUCCGCACCAUCCGCAUGCCCAUCCCGGUGGACCUGCCGGAGGAGCAGGACAGCCGCAGGGCCAGGAGUUCUCCGAUAUGCUGCAGAUGCUGGAUCACAGUGCGCCGACCACGUUCGAGGAUCUGAACAUCAACAUGUUCAGCACGCCGUUUGAGUAAUACUUUUUCCCUGCCCUCCUAAUCUGUGUCUCUCUCUCUUGACCACUUUUCAAGUGCAAUCCAUCUUACAUUGUUGAAAUAAUUCAGCCAAACGCAUGAAAAUUGUAAUCUCGUAAAUAGCAUUUUAAGUACAUAGCGGUAGUCACGUACGCGACUCUGAUAUCUUUAUUUUUCGUGUGCUACGUCUUCAGUUCCCCG